UUUCUAGAGUCAUGCUACACCCAAACAAAUGUUAUCUUGUUGACUCCUGUAGACUCCAAAACAGAUUGUAUGCUAUCACAGUCAUCGGAAUUUUCUUUCUCUUUUCCUUUGAAUUACUGGGUUGGAUCCCUGUUAUGCCUUUUGGAACCUUUCGUUGGAACAGAACUAAAAGCUACAACAGAAAUGCUUCCCCGAGACCAACUGGAUCCGACUUCUCCCCAGGGUCGUCUUCCACCGUGUACGACUUCCCCUUUAUGCUCAGGCCUGAGCAGACGUGUUCCUCACGAAACACGUCAUUUGUGGUUGCAGUCACAUCGACGCCCUUGAACUUCGCGAGAAGGCGAGCGAUCAGGGAAACUUGGGGAAACCGACAACAACAACGAAGUUUUAACGUUGCAGUAAUGUUUCUUCUUGGUACAGGACUCGACUGUAAUGUUCAAGAUCAGCUUGUUUCUGAGAACCAGAUACACGAAGACUUACUACAAGGUGAUUUCAUUGAUUCUUAUUCUAAUCUAACUUUGAAGUCGGUUAUGGCGUUGAGAUGGGCCAACAAUUUUUGUCCUGGAGUAAAAUACUUUAUGAAGACCGACGACGAUAUUUUUGUAAAUCUGCCUAAUCUCGUGAGCUACCUUACUCACAAACUAGAACCUACUCACUCUUGGAUAGUGGGCUGUAUAAAAAAUCACGUUGGACAGCCCGUCAUGAUAAAAGCAGCAAAAGCUGUUUACGAUUUCCAUCCUUCGCUUCCCUCCCCGCACCCACCGUUCGUAGCGGGAGCAGGUUACGUAAUUUCCGGUAAGGCCAUUGGUGACCUGUACAGUACUGCGGUAAGAACGAGGUACUUAUCUGUAGAAGACGCUUUUAUUACUGGACAUUGUGCUCGAAAAAUUGGAUUAUUUCCCGAACAUGACGACCGAUUUAGUUGCGGUGAAGCCGUAACGAGCGUUUGUAAAAUGAUUAACAAAUUCACAGGGCACAAAGUUACACCAUCCAAACAAAAAGAUAUUUGGAAGAAAUUAAAAGAUUUAAGCUGUGAAUAUAAUUAAAACUGGA